AAUUUAAGCUUCCAAAUGCUCAAUAUUACAAAUCUAAUUUUUGUAAAUAAGACUCAAGAGAAAAGAGAGGAGCAACAGCUCCUGCUUUUAAAGAAAGCACAGGAUUUUACUUCUGCAAAAUUGGGUAAAUUGAAUGAAAAAUAGAUUCCAAACUUGCUUUAGCACUACUAAGAUAGAGAAUCAAGUUAGGAGAAAACCGAGUAGUGAUCAUGCAUUUCAGGCUGAUCCAAAACCUAAACCUGAGAGAAGACACAAUUAUCAUAAUAAUUCAGAUUCUGUAUCGUUUUAUAGUCCUUAUAAGAACAUACAGCAAAUUGAGAAGGAAAGCCAGGGUAGCAAGAAUGCAGAAAAACUUAUAUGAAUUGGCUCUUGCUCAAAAGUCCUCUAUUCUAAAGGAAAUAGCCCUGCUUCCGUUAAUACAAUUCAUUCAGGAAGAGCUGCUCAGAAAAAUGAAAGAAAGAAGGAUUACUGAAAGAGUCAGGAUUUCUCUCCUCAAACAAUCUCUACCUUGAUUGCUACCCAAUUCGAUGUUAACUUUAAGAGGCCACAUUUUAUCGUCAAGAACUCAACGAUCGAUUAUCAUAACAGUGAGGAAAGAGUCUUAAUAGAUGGAAAAGUAGUUUCAAGGACACCGAAUAAAUCAUCUAGCUUCCUAGAUGGAGGUAAAAAUCUUGUCCAUACUAGCUCGUACCCUAAGAACGUGAAUUUCAACCAAAAGGAAGCUCUAAGCCAUAAAGAGUAUAAAUAGGAUUAGCCCGGCAGUUAGAAUUAAGAAUCAUGAAGAAAUUAUUAAGAAUUAUCAGACCAAAUUUGAUAGAAUUAAUGGUAAUAAUUCUAAGAACUACCUACAUAUUAUGCCUGAGGUAAAGGUCCAAGAGAUGGUGAAAGGAAACAUCAAUCAUAACCGCAAGGCUAGGAUUUCUUCUGUUUUUGAAAGAAGGAAAUAAGAGUAAAGAUGUAUCGCAAGAUUACCUCAUUGUUUCAAAGAAGAAACUCAGCAAUAGUCCUAAUUCCCACUUGAUAGCAAAGCAAGAGAAGAUUUAUCAAAUGAGAAGGGAAGCAGCACAAGCUAACGCUCAAGCUCUUCAAAGCGUGGCUCUUGCGCAGCAUGAUUUAAUGUUAUGAUCCCAACAAGUAGUUGAUGAAAAUAGAUUUACUAAGAUCGAUGUUGAAUGGCUUAAGAAUAAUCCUAGUCAAAGGAAAUACUAUCUAAAUAUCUUAAAUAAGCCUUCUUACAUAACAGGUAUUAUGGUGGUUAAUGUUCCCAAUAGAUGCAAAUCAGGCUGAAUCUGUAGAAGAACCUCAAAAUAAAAUCAUUCUCAAUGGGAAGAAUAUUGAAGAGCAAAAAAUUAGAGAGGGGCUUGAUAUGAUGCUACAUACAAAGUCAAAGAGAAAGGAUGAGAGAAUUUCAACCUCAAACACAUGCUCAAAAAUAGCUUUUUCAAAUAUUUACAGUAAAAACAAGUACAAAUACAUUGUAACUCCUGGAAAUAAUUCUAAUUUGAUAAGAGAAGCAAUGCAGCAGAGGAAUUGGUGGGUAGAAAUUCCAAAUGUUGAUUCUGCUUUCAAUUUCAAGUGGCAACCAGUAUCAUUCAGAAUGAAGUUUCGAAAACUCAGCCAGAAAAAUCCUAUCACUCAGGUGGUUAACCACUUUGAGAACCAUCGAUGCUUGACGGAGAAGAGUAGUAUGUUCAAUAACCUUCAGAAUCAUUGCGAAUUUAUUAAGAAAAAUAUAUUUGAAAUAGCUCCUAUACAGUUUUGUUGUUAAG